GUUCAACGUUCAACUCUAGUGCAACGUAUUUCCAGAAAGUAGCGAUACUUCCUGCAGGUGUAGAGUGAAUCUUGGUGUUGGGUGAAGGGUAACAGCCUGCUGAUUGAAGCUCAAACAUUCAUAGUCUUCCACGUGGUUUUAAUUCUGUGGUUGAACUUGUGAACAUCCUCCUCUGUCUCGCGAUUAGGCUGGAUCCAGUCUGCGAAACGUUAGGUAUUGACAAAAGCUCAUAUCGCUCUAUCGCUCUUAUACGGUAUCUGAUAUCACAUGUGCAGAGAUCCAUAAAUAGUGAUUACCCAUUGUUCGAUUAACCGAGUGUGGUUCGGCUCAGGUGGCCCCGUAUAAGUAGGCUCAAGGCCUCGUUUCUCGACCCCGUCUGCUGACGCGCCACCUCAGGCUAACACAAGCUCUGCGCAGCCAGAAGGAACUGUUGAAAAUAAGGGAGAUCCCACACCUCGCGUUUUCAAGGUCUCAACCGCUCAGUCCCAAAUCAAAGACCCCAAUCAUCGUCUUCUGCAGGCUGUCGAAAUGGCUGACAGGUGGGGUGAAAUUGAACUUGGGAAGCUGAUGUCCGAAUAUGUCCCUGGUCCAAACCCUACUGAGGAUGAACUGAAAACCUUCGCCAAGUUUGACGAAAUCGUGAUUUCUGACUUCACGGGACCCGAGAAUCAUCUCUAUGGCCCUUUGUGCCGAGUAAUCAACUCUGUGCUAGGCCCUUCAAUGACAUGUAAGGAUACCUCCGAAUUCCCUGAAGAAAGCAGGACACGGAAGCGCAAGAAGAACAAGACACCCGCCUCAAAGGAGGAAAAACUCCAAGACGAACACGCUUUCCGAUUUAAGCCCGACCUGUCCAUCUUCCGAACUAGCGCAGACGCACAAUACGCGUUGACGGACAAAGACAAAAAGGGAAGUACGCAGACUAAGGAACGCCUUCAGCACGCUGGAAGAACUUCCUGGCACGCCGCCAUCGCCCUUGGAGAAGGUAAAACAAGCAUCAAGGAUACGCCGUUCCGCACUGGUAAUGGCGGUCCCCUCCUUCGAGACACCAAGGACGCGCACGAGACAAGAGGACAAAUGGCGCAAUAUGCGGCAGAGCUCAUGCUCCGUCAACAUCGUCAACAUGUUUUCUUCGUUUCUUUCUUUCAAGACACUAUGCGUAUCAUUCGAUGGGAUCGUAAUGGGGCUCUUGUCUCGACACCAUUCAAUUACAAGGAGAAUCCUGAGAUGCUUUGGCUUUUCUUCUAUCGCAUCAAGAAAAUGAAUGAUGAGGCCCUUGGCUUCGAUACUACUGUUCGUCCGGCUGAAGCAGAGAAAAUCGAAGAAAUGAAGGCGUACGUUUCGGAUUAUGUCAAGAACGAGCAAAAUCCUGAGAAGCUCAAGUCCUACGUAAAGAAAAUCUUUGAAGAUGACUGGCCAAUCUUCCGGAUGGAUGUCCCCGACGGAGACGGACUAAAGCAUGUCUACAUUGGGAAACAUCUGGCUGGCCACCGUUCUACGACCGGUCGGGCCACACGGGGCUACAUAGCGUAUGAUCCUGCUUACCUCGACACAGAAACUGGCGAGACGGGACCUCGUCUGGUUUUUGCGAAGGAUACCUGGCGGCCUGACACCGACAAGAUUCAUCCGGAGAUAGAAGUGUACUCCAAACUCCAUGCCGCCAACGUUCCUAACAUUGCAACACUAAUCUCUGGCGGUGAUGUCGUUGCCAAUGGUAACACACAGAGAACUAGAACCCAAGAAGUCCUCGACAAUUUCCUGCCGCGCAUUCACUAUCGCAUAUUGUUCAAAGAAAUCGGGAGGCCUCUUGAUACGUACAGAGAGUCGCUUGAGAUGAUCCAGUUCAUUGGAGAUGCAAUAGAAGCACAUGAAGCGGCGUGGCUUCUUGCUGGCGUCUUACAUCGUGAUGUCAGCGAGGGAAAUAUUCUGAUCAACGACACCCCGGAAGGAGGCUCCUCAAGGCCCAAGGCGUUCCUGAACGAUUGGGAUCUCUGCAAGUAUCGAGAUGAGAUUGAUGAUGAGGCCACACAGAUUUAUCGUUCUGGCACUUGGCGAUACAUGUCUGCUCUACUUCUCAACUAUCACACCAAGCGACAAGUAGUAUCCGACGAUCUGGAAUCCUUCAUCCACGUGGUCAUCAUCCUUGUCCUUCGCCAUCAUGACCAUUCUCUAUCCCGUAGGUCGGAUCUAUUGAAGUAUAUGGAGGACUAUUAUGAUCACUACGACCGUUCUGUCGAAGGGCACCACCUUGGUUCUUUGAAGAAGCGUGAUAUGUUCCUCACUAAGUCGCUAGGUUUCAAAGUCCUCCAUAACCCGAACCUUGCACUUUUCGUCAGAUCUCUGGUCAAUCUCUGCCAUAAACAUUACAACGCUCUUGACUUCGACAAAUUCCAGGAGCCUACUCGACAACUCCCAGCCGAACCCAAGGUUUUUCCCGACAGUGACGUAGCCAAGGAGUCAGUAGUCGAACAUCACAUCCCCCGGCCUGAUGCGGACGAUGAGCCAAAUGUUGAACCCCCGAGAGGCCAAGAGAACGUGGAGAAUCAGGUACUCAGGACCCAUAAUUCGUUGUUGCAGUUAUUUCGGGGGGCACCGCUUUGGUCAGUUAAUGAAGAUACUCUCGAGAAAUGGUUGAAGGACAAACAAGAGCAAGAUGCUUUCCGUAACAUGUAUGCGGAGUCCAGGGGUCCCCAGGCCUCCCUGUUCUGCAGCUCAACAUUGACUACUAGCAACACCCAAAUAAAUGAUUCAACGAGCGCGAAUACAGCGGCAGAGAGGAGCGACAGUAAAGGGAAGAAACGUUCAAUGCUAUCCGAAGAUUCUGUAGAGCCUGAAGCACCCUCGGUAAAGAGGUCGAGGAAAUCUCAUGGCCCUUCGCUGUUAGCAGGCCCAUCUUCCGUCAAUGACGGCGUCUUUAUGAUCUCUAGGAGCGAGGACCAAUCAGAGUAGCUUGUCCACCCUCCGCUAACACGUAUCACUUUUGUCGUGAAUUUUAGCACAUGUAGUCUUGAUUUUACAACCUAUGAUAUGUUUUCACCACGUAGACGAGCUACAUCUGUAUCUCUCGUUAGGGCAUUCUUUUCUGCUAUGGAGGACAACGGUG